AUGGGUGACGGUGCGGCGGCGGAGGAGAGCGGGCAGUUUUUAAAAAGGUCAGAGGUGGAGAUUCUUCGAGGAGAUAGAGCAGGUCAUCACACACGGAACAAGAUGAGACUUUCUUUUCAUCCCGGUGCCUCACAGCUCGCCCUCCUUUUCUUCGCCCUCCUCUCCUCCAUCCCACACCCCGUCACAUCAUACCCUUAUCCUCCCACCACCCUCCUGCCCACAGUGGGUGGAUCUGAGCUGGAGUCCACCCUCCUGCACCUCCAGGCUGCUCUGGAAGAGCCGGGGGACGUCCGGAGUGAAGCCUGGGCCGAGUGGCCUCGAGACAUCCAGCCAGGUGAGGAGAGUGAGGAGGAUGAUGGGUCGUGGGAAGAAGAAGCUCUGCUGCGGGCCCAGAGAGGAGACCUGAUGGCCCAGCCACUGUCGCCCUUCCCUGAGGGUCACUCUCUGGACAGCAUGCACUACCAGGAGGGGGGAGAGGGGGAGGACGGGUGGAAGAGGAACAAUGCUCUGACCUCCAUUGCGGGAGGACUCCAAGCUGUCAGCCGUGAGAAGGGAGGGUUUGGUUUCCGCUUUGGGAGGACAAGAUGGACAGACGGGGAGUGGAUGCAAGGAGGAGAGGGAGAAGAGAGGAGGACAAGUGGAAGUGACGAGGACGGAGUCUCAACAGGGACGAGAGACGAGAGCGAUGAAAGAAAGAAAGGCUGA